UGUCGAUGAAUAAUUUGAUUUAGUGCCGUCAAAAAUUGCUCAGUCCAUUGUUAUUCGCUUCCCCGAACCGCGUGGUUUUUGUUAAGUUUGAAAGCACAAAAGCGGUGGGUGUUUUGCGAGGCAGACACGAAAAGGUCGGUCGCGCUGUUAGUUCAAGGGCGUAACAGCCUCCAGUGUUGGUCAGAGGCAUCCCGCCGACACUGCUCCGGGCCACUCCAGUUUACGCCGCCGCCGCCGCCGUGCCGCGCUCGCAACGCGUCGCUCCUCGCCCGGCAAACUCGAUUUAUAAUAUAAACAAUGCCCACGAAUACGAUCGACACCAACCACCUGUUGUGAACUAUAUUCUUUAAAAUAUUUUUAAGGAUUGCAGACACAAAAAUGUGGCUCUCCAUUAUGUGUUUAUACGCAUUAAUAAGUGCAAAACCUGUUUCAAGUGAAUUAACGCUAUUUCAUAAGUGUUGUCCUGAGAAUCAAAGCCUCGUGAAAAUUACUAAUGUAAAUGAAUCUUCAAUUUUCCAGUGUGAAAGUCGUGAAUCCACUAAUUUAAAAUAUGAAAUAUCUACCUCACCAUUAAUUAUCUCUGAUGAUAUAGAAGUAAGUUACGGCAUGCCUGCUGAAUGUGAAGAAGAAGAUAUAGAGGAACUUAAAACGGAGGGCAUGGUAGUGUCAACUUCCCAAAACAAUUCAUGUUAUGAUAGAAUAGUUUUAGAAAUACGAGAUGGCGAAUUAAUAAGCAACAUUCCAAAAACAGUACUUUUAAAAUGUAAUUUUAAUGAAACUGAAAACACGACAGAAUCUGUGUUACAUAUCGACCGCAUUAGAAAAUGUUGUCCAGAAAAUCAUGCUUAUGACACCAUCAAUAAUGUUUGUACACGUAUUAAUGAAGAUAUUGAUGAGAAAUGGUUAGUAAGAGAAAUUAAAAGCGCAGACCCUCGUAUUUUUGAAGUUGACACUGGAAUUCACUGUAAAAUGACACAGUUUUCGAUAGACUUGAUGUCUGAAGAAUUUUCUUUGCAUAUUUAUGGCAGCAGUCUGUUUGCUUUAAGAAAAACGAUGACCAAAGAACAACGUGUAGGAGAAGGAGAAUGGUGUAUGGAUCGUAGAAAAGAUAACACUGGUUUAGUUGCUAGAGUUUGUGCUAACGAUGCAACGCUCUUCGGGGCAUACCCUAUCAGAAAGUGUUGUCCAGUAGGCGAGCACUAUAAAGUCCGAGACUGCAAAUCUACGAGGAGCGAAUGUGUGCCUAAUACCGAUCACGCAAUAACAUUCAAUAUGUCAAUAUAUCUGGAUCCUUUGAGAGAAGAGUAUAAAGAUUUUCCUGAUUUGCUGGGAAUUCGUACAUCCAUCUUAUGUCAGAUAGGGAAAUAUGUGACCAAUAAAGAAAAUUGGCAGGACCAGCACAGCUUGAACCUGGACGGUACUAUGCGACAAAUAGGAAACAGGGCGCAAGACAAUUAUUGCGUAGAGGAGUUCGACAGACGACACUGCCACGAUGACAACCCUAUCGAGGUCGCGGCUGUUUUUUGCUUCUUAGGGGCGGCUGAAAUUGAGAAAAACUUCUACUUGUCAUUUGUGCUGAUUACCAUAUCCGCGGUGUGCUUGGGUCUGACAUUUGUGGUGUAUGCCUCGCUGCCAGAGCUGCGCAAUCUACACGGACGCACCCUCAUCUGCCACUCCGGCACCAUGCUGCUGGCAUUCUCCUUCCUCGCCAGGGUUCAAUACGACAAGGUGGAGAACCAUCUUUGUGUCUUAUUUGGUUACAUGAUCUACUUCGGCUUCGUGGCUGCGUUCGCUUGGCUAAACGUCAUGUGUUUGGACAUCUGGUGGACAUUUGGGAAUGUCCGCACCGUGCAUCCACUGCGUAAGUCCGGAGCGGACCGUCGCCGGUUCCUAUGGUAUUCCUUGUAUGCGUGGAGCUUCGCUAUCGUUCUGACGCUGACCAUGUUCCUGCUGGACAAGUAUCCCGUGGCUGGAGUCUUGGAUGCGGACAUCGGACGGCACUUUUGCUGGUUUGGGACAAUACAAAAUUCUAACUCGGACUGGCCACACUACAUUUUCUUCGUGAUCCCUAUGGGUCUGGUGACGUGCAUAAACUUCGUGCUGUGGGUGCUGACGGCGCGACACUGCGCGCGCGUCAGGUCCGAGGUGCAUCGGCUGCAGGCGGGCUCCGUCGGCGACCGCGCCAAGCGCCGUUUUCGCGAUGAUAGAGCCAAAUACAUAUUGACUGGAAAACUGUGGGUUGUGAUGGGCGCCGGCUGGUUGGUCGAGAUGCUGUCAACCCUAACCACGAACCCGAGGUGGUUAUGGGAAAUCAUCGAUCAUAUUAAUGAGCUCCAGGGAGUCUUCAUAUUCUUCAUCCUCAUCAUGAAGCCGAAGCUUUAUUAUUUGAUCAGGAAGAGAUUAGGACUGGAGAAACCCGCCGCGUUGAAAAACGGCACCUCGUCUUCCGGUCGCACGUCUUCCACCUUCCUCUCACGGACCAUCAGCACUGAUGAGCGCACUAACUUGAGGACUUCACUGCCCGAAUGUGCUAAAAAAGCCUAGUUUGCCACACUCACCGAUGUGUAAAUUAUGAACAUAAGUAUUUUUGCGCAUAUUAACUUGACUGC